UGUUUCUUCAUAGCCAUCGGUCCUAGUGAUUGCCGUCUACCAAAAGGUUGUGGCAAAUGUCGUAUACCGUGCCCACGAUUCUAGAGGAUGACCACGCCGUCUUGAAGCAAGCAAUCAAAGAGGCCCUGGAACCCAUUUUGAGUGGUGUGAAGGAUGUCAUCGGGCAGGUUCUUCGGGAAGUGAUCCACGAAGAGAUGCCACAGGCUCUAUCCCCACUGAUGGCCCGUCUGGAGAGAACGCCCUCAAAAUCAAGGAAUGGCAGGUCCAGCCACAAUUUUGAUGAGACGAGUCCAACAGAAUCGCUGUUUCCGCUGAGAAGCGGAAGCAACAGAAGCAUGGAGAACUCGAAGGACCUCGGCGUCAAAGUGGAUUCCAAGAUAUUUCGGAGACUCAGUGCUCCUAUGCAAAUUGCUCGAGUUGCCUCAAGUGUACACCGAGCUGCUCAACGGCUGAAACGAAGUAGUCACGUGAGCCCAGAAGGUAGCGAGGACUUUGGUGCUGAGCGGCAGGCCGAAGAUGUGUCUGUGCCGGUGCGACGGCUGGUUCCCGCUCUCUCCUCUGGGGCCUCGAGGCCGCUGGGGCAGCUGCUCCGGGAGGAUUCGUCACUUCCGGGGAAGAUCCCGAAUUUCUUGAGGGGAGCGGACGUCGGUAUUGAUUCAGAGAGGAUCGAGACGCUUGAACUGGCUGAAUCUUCACGGCAGGCCAUCAAGGAUCUUCAGCAGUCAAGUGGUUUCUUGACAGAAGAGGAAAGGCCGCAUGCACCGGAGGGCGAAGAACCUCGUCUCCCCGGGGCUCCUCAACACGGGGCAGCAUCACCGGUGGACUUCGCAGAUAUACAGCGUCAGACCUCCUCUUCACUGGAGGAGGAAUCUGCAGAAUCCACAAGGGACAGGGAGGAGCGUAGAUCGCAGCAGAGGGGGCCUUUGCGGGAGAUGAACAGCUUGGAGAUUGUUCCGUCGUUUACUGCCUCUGAGAGCAAGCCUGUGUCGCCACCGCUUUCCCACCGCAUCGCAGCCUUCUUCGCAAGGUGGAUGCCCAGAAGAGCGCAAAGCAGGCUUGGGAGGUUUGCCACGAAGGAGAGCUUUCAGGGCCGCAUGCCCUCUAAGCCGCAGCAGCUCGACAAUGCGAGAUCUGUAAGGCCGCGGAGGAGCGGUCGUCGUCACCGGACCACUUCUUUCUUCGAGGUGAAGACGCGCAGAAGGACCGCUGUGGUGCUAGAGCCUGCUGUAAUAGAAGAUCUCAGACGGAAGACUGCGCGGAGCUUCUGGAGAAGUUGGAAAUGGCCAUUCCGAGAUCCAAACGGUCGACCCAGACAAUGUUGGGAUUUGCUUGCUUGCAUCUUGCUGGCGCUUCAGCUGCUGUACUUGCCUUUCCAGAGCGCUUUCAUUACACCAGAAGACCUGGAGGAUGCGGUGGUACACACUUUUUCAAGCUGCCUCAUCACCAUUGAUAUCUUCUGGGCUGUCGACUUGGUGGUGAACUUUACAACUGGAUACAGAGAUUCGGUGCAGGUCUUACACACUGACACUAUGUCCAAAGUAUCUCACUACUUGAAGUCCUGGUUCUUGGUGGAUCUCUUGGCGACAUUCCCAUCACUCCUGAUGCACAUACUCCUUCUCAUCUAUGGGUCGAAUAUUGCGAGGCAACUCUUUUGGCUCACCUUGUCACCUCUGAUCAGGUCACCAAGGCUUUACGCACAGCUUUCAAUGCUCAGAAGGAUGGAGGCGCAUUUGAAAUCAUCAUGGCUUUCCUCAGUGGCUGCACUUCUGGAGCUGUUCAUGCUACCCGUGAUGUUUUCGCACCUUUCCGCUUGUGCCCUUUGGGCCUUGGGUCGUAGCAACUUGGAAGCUGAUCCGUCGGUUUCCAGUUGGAUCAAGAUGGGAAUCGAUCUUACAAAUGACCCAGGAGCCCUGCAGGCUGUUCCCAUCGGCGAGAGGUACAUGACAGCAUUGUACUUUGCUGUGACUGUAAUGUCGACAGUUGGUUUGGGAGACAUCAACAUGGACCUCGUGAACGAAAGAGGUCUGUUGUGCCUCAUCAUGGCAACCACCAGCCUGGUGGUUGGCGUGGCUGUAAAUGGGGUGGCGGCGAUAGUCGCGAAGCUGAAUGAGAGGACAGCCGUGACCAAUGAGCAGCUGGCAAAGGUGUCUCGCUUUUUGAAAGCUUACAACGUUCCUGGGGACUUGCAGAGAAGGGUCCAUAGCUACCUUUUGCAGUUCUUCGAAAACCAGGAACGAGAGGAUACCAAGUCGUCACUGAUGGUUUGGCUCAAGAAGUCAGAGACCCUGAGAGUGAACAUGAACCUGGCUUUGACCGGGACGUGCCUGGCACGACACCACUUGAUACGACUGGUUCCUCGAGACGUGCUGGUGAAUGUCUGUGACAUUUGCGACAUGGAGUUUCAUCCUCCAGGAGAGGAACUUGCGCAAGCAGGCUCAGAGGUGAAGUCCUGCUUCUACAUUCGCCGGGGCGAGGUACAAACGUGUGUUCCGGAGAACGAAGAAACCAACAGGACCGGAAACGUCUUGGCCAAAGACCCUGCGAGGGAAGGAACAGCGGAGUUCACAACUCUUUUCCACACAGAUGGCACAGCUCCUCCUCCGGAUGACAUUGACGAAAUCCAAAGAGAGAUUGAAGCAACAGAUCGGAAGAGGCCAGGGCAGCAAUAUCGAGAAGGAUCAUUCAUAGGCGACUUCCGACUCUUCCUCGGAAUCAGCAGGAGUUCGAAGACAGCAACUUGCACAUCAUUCUGUGAGCUGAUCGCCGUCGACGUGGAGAAGUUUCGCAACUUGAUGAUUGCGCAAGCGCCAGAGAUUUUCGAUAUGUUGGUGAUCUACUCCUCCAUCGACAAUGACUGUCCACAAGUCUUGCUGAGAAUCUUGGAGGAGCAAUUUCUUUGCCCAGAAGAUGCAUUGCUUUUUGGGGAGGGUGCCCUUCAUCACUGCGCCAAGAAAAAUGCCUACCAUUGUGCGGAUCAUCUCCUCGACGAGCUCUCUGCGGACGUGGCGGUCUUGGAUACGCAGGGGAAGACUCCCUCACAAAUUGCAGCCAAGUUGAAUCACAAGGAGGUGUUUUGGAGCAUUAUCAAGCAUGCCGGCAUGGCCACCGACGAAGAAGUUCUCCCCAUGGAGGCGUACGCGAUGAGGACAAAGAACCAGCGAAGAGUUAAGGCCUCGGCAUCGUUGAAUUCCUCUGCAUUCGACGAGAUCGAGCAGGAGACUCAAAUAAGGAGCUCCAUGGAAGUUCGAGAAAUCUUGCAAGUGAAUGGGUACAGCUGUGCGGAAUGGGAUCGUGAAGGACGAAAGAGUGUAGAUAUGCUGGUGGAAGAGUUGAACACCUGUCGCAGUCGGUUGAUGGUCAGCGCAGGGAAGCAUUUGGUUCGAAGAGUCGAGCUCGUGCGACUUCGACUCCUUGCGGUGGUGGACGAUCACGCCCGAGCAUUGGUGGAAUUGCAGACCGAUCCUUGGAUGAGGUCAGAGCAAAAACUGGCAAAGUUGCCAUGUCGGCGCAUUCUACUUUCACAGACCGUGGAGGAGGCGUUUGAGGCUCUACUGGUGGAACUGGGAGUCCCUGCGGAAUUGAUUGAAGAGAAGCUUUUGGUGACUUUGGCCUCCGGCACAUACAACGAAGUGAAACCUUCGAUGUCCUUUCCAGGCUUGGAUACCGAAUACAUCGUGCACGAGCAAACGAUGAAGAUCCGGUCUCAAGCCGUCCAUCGAGCCACAGCAAUUGGACUACCGCAAGGUGAAGCGUUUCAGAAGGAACUUCCUGUGUCGCCACUGACUUGCGUGACACGCCAGUUCUUCUGGCCUGUUCUUGUCAAGAUGCGUUUUGGAAAGCAUGCCGAUCCAGCAAAGACUGAGGAGCUGAAGCGGAAGCAUUCAGAGAGGAAGUUCGAGGAAGAUGAGAGCGGAUUUGGGUUGAGCAGGUUCAAUCCUUUGCGUUUUUCCUUGAUGAAAAAGAACAGCAACGUGGUCGACGUGGGAGCGAGAUGAGAUAAUCGAAGGAUGGAUGUCUACUUUUGGUGCUGGGAUUUGAAUGCUGUGAUUUUUUUUCAUGUCUUGUUUCGCCCAAAGGGCAGACGGUUGUUAAUGCAAUUUGAGCGAAGCUGUUGCAGAAUGCACUGCUUUGCCGGAGCUGUGCUUUAUGGGGCGGUUCCAAUUUUCAAAUCACAGCUGAGAUGUUGCCACGGGAGAGGCAUUCCCUUGAGGAAAA